CUAUGGUGAAACGAGGGAGGCGGGGCGCUCUAGGCGGGCGCGCCGUACUCUAUGGUGUAAUGGGAGGAGCGGCGGGGCACGGCGGGCGGCUCCGGCCCGGCGGUCUCGGCGCGUUCCGCGGGCACGAUGUCGCCUCCGAAAGAAAAUGUCAGCUUACUGUUCAAGUUGUACUGUCUCACAGUGAUGACCCUGGUUGCUGCAUCAUACACGGUUGCAUUGCGGUACACUAGGACCGUGGAGACAAAACUCUACUUUUCAACAACAGCUGUGUGCAUCACUGAAGUUAUCAAGUUGUUCUUGAGUGUGGGCAUCUUGGCUAAAGAAACUGGAAGUCUGGCAAGGUUAAUAACAUCUUUAAAAGAAAAUGUAUUCGGCAGUCCUAAAGAAUUGCUAAAAUUAAGUGUUCCCUCUUUGGUGUAUGCUUUCCAAAACAAUAUGGCAUUUGUGGCUCUUAGCAACUUGGAUGCGGCAGUCUACCAGGUGACAUACCAGUUGAAGAUCCCUUGCACAGCCUUGUGUACAGUCCUAAUGCUAAACCGUACCCUUAGUAAGUUGCAGUGGUUCUCUGUCUUCAUGCUGUGCGGUGGGGUUACCCUUGUUCAGUGGAAGCCUGCUCAGGCUACAAAAGUACAGGUGGAGCAGAAUCCAUGGCUAGGGUUUGGAGCAAUUGCUGUUGCUGUACUGUGUUCAGGAUUUGCAGGAGUUUAUUUUGAGAAGGUCUUAAAGAGUUCAGACACUUCCUUGUGGGUGAGAAAUAUUCAAAUGUACUUAUCUGGGAUUGUGUUGACUUUACUUGGUGUGUACGUGUCAGAUGGAGCCCAAGUUCUUGAGAAAGGGUUUUUCUACGGCUAUACAUACUACGUCUGGUUUGUCAUCUUUCUCGCUAGCGUUGGUGGCCUCUACACUUCGGUGGUUGUUAAGUACACAGAUAACAUUAUGAAAGGCUUUUCUGCAGCAGCGGCCAUUGUUCUUUCUACUGUGGCAUCAGUCAUCCUCUUUGGCCUCCAGAUAACUGUUACCUUCUCCCUGGGUGCUCUCCUGGUGUGUGUUUCUAUUUACCUCUAUGGAUUACCUCGACAAGACACCACAAAAAUCCAGCCAUCAGAGACUAAGAGCUCAAAAGAAAGACUUGCUACUGUGUGACACUGUGCAUAAAAAUGGACAGACAGACAAAAUGGACUUUAAAAUGAACUGCAUUUUUAAAAAAAUAGCCUUAAGCUAGUUAGUCAUGAAAUGAUUUAAGUGGGAUAGACUAAAAGCAGAAGUUAGUUCUGUUUUACACGUGGAGUUUCCAGUGGCUGAUGCAGAGGCUGUGGUAUGGCUGAGGAGCUGGAUGGGUCUUUUAUUGGAGGUGUUUGUCACUCACAUCGAACACUGAAGAGUCCCAUUGACAAGGAGAGCAGAAUGAAGGAACUGAACACUCAGUUGUAUAUAAUGUACAUAAAUGGGAGGGAAAUCAGGUCUUUGUGUAUUUGAUAAACUGUCUUGCCCUUUGAGGGCAGAAAAGCCCAAACGCUUCAUAAAAAUCUAUUAAAAAGAGCAAUUACUGCCUUAA